CAGUAAAUAAAUUAGUUAAUACAGCACCCUUGCCUAUAGCACAGAAUGGCUGAUCCUGAAGCGGUGAACGGCGUCGAUGAUGCAACCGAUAAAAAGCAGAAAAAGUCUUCUAAACACGAUGGCGGAGCGGCCGAUUUGGAACGCGUCACGGAUUACGCCGAGGAAAAGGAAAUUAACGCACACAAUUUGUGCUCUAACGCUGCAAACUUGUUCGAAGAUAAACGUAACAAAGAAAAUGAGGAAAAGCUUGCCAUGGAACGGGAACUGCAGAAAGUUCACGUGAAAAAGGAGGACAUAGAACUGAUCAUUCGCGAAAUGGAGAUUACCCGCAGUAAAGCUGAGCAGACGCUGCGUGUCCAUCGGGGCGAUGUGGUAGCUGCUUUGGAAGCGCUUACCAACUGAAAUCCGCCG